AGCCAGGUAAAAAACUGCACACCCCGUGACAUGCCCGUUCAAAAGACUUCUAAACGUUUGCAUUUAUUCCAUUGUAGAAAAAAUCUAUAGAAAACGUUAAAUAGCAGCCGUAAGUGAGAGUAUUUUGACUGUUCGCUUCACACGACUGAAUCACUAAGAGUAAACAACAUACGAUAUUACUGUCAAAGUAUUGAUAUCUCCGUUGCGAGGGAAAGCGAUAUACAACAUUCAUAUCACACUUGAACUGGCGCACCGAUUUUUGUUCGAACAGCUUUCUAUAUCCAAUUAUCACAAGUCAUAAUUGAUGUGAAAUUCAUAUACAAAAUUAAAAGAAUUAGAGACGGAAUAAUCUACACCUAUUAACGUAGGUUUUAAAGACCAAGGGAUUUAUGAAUAAGACUAAAGAACUAUGGUCCCAUAAAAACUGCUUGUAGUGUCUAACUCAACGAUAUCAUGGGAUGUGGUGAUUCUAAAUCUUCAUCUGGGCAAACUCCAAGAGGUGGACAACCGCAAGAUCAACGGGCGCCUAAUAAGUUUGAUAGGCUUUCAGAAAUAGACAGUCAAUCAACUAAAACUCAGAACAGUACGAAAAGAGCUGUGGCGGAGAAAAAUGCAUCCGUCAAAGGUAGCAAAAACUCUACAACAGAGAAAGACGCUAGAAACAGAAAUGCUAGGAAAGGGAAAAGAAAUCAGGCUGUAAAGGAACCAGUCAACGAAAAAGGAUACAAGAAAAGAAUACGUGAGAAUCUUCGACAAGCGGCAACAGGCUCAGACAUCGAAGAAAUCGAACAUGCCAUUGAAUUGUUUGAGAAAAAUAAACUAGAAGAUAAUGGUGAUUUAGAGGAUGCACAAGAAAGAUUAGAAUUCUUAUACUUACGGAAAGAAAUAAGAGACGCUAUAUUAAGAAGGCAUCCGGGUAUUUUAGACAAAGCUAUUGCAAAUGUGCAGUCAUCACAGUAUCGUUCGGAAUUAAUGCAUUAUUUAGAAAAUGCGAAGGCAUUAAAGCAACAUUUAACAGAACUGAACCGUUUUAGUCAUGAUAUAUUGAAAAUGCAACAAGAAACAAUAUCAGAACUCCGUAGUUACAUAAAUCCACCUGCAGGGGUCAAAGAGGUCAUGAAGAGCACAUAUUUGAUUAUUGGAUAUGAGGAGUCUAAAUUAAAGGAAUGGGCCGAUAUACAAAUACUUUUAGGACGACAUGGAAGAGAAAAACUUCUUAGAGAGGUAGAAAAAGCAGACACUGUCAACUUAGAUGAACAUACAUGCAAAAGAGUAGAACAAUUACAAAAAGAUUUUACUAUUGAUGAUAUCAGAAGUGUUAGUAAUGGUGCUGCAACCUUCUAUUUAUGGAAUCAAAAUAUGUCAAGAAAAUACAGUAAAGAUAAACAAAGAUCUGCAGGUUCAAAUCCACCUCCAGCAGCCAACAGAAAGAAGAAUAAAGGAUAGAUUAAGACAUUUUAUAUAUAUUUACACUCAUUUUGUCAUUUGUAUUUAUAUCAUUAUUUAAACUAUUGCCAAGGAACUAGAUAGACGCCAAAACAUAUCUGUCUCAUGUAUUUGUUAGGUUCGUCCUUGCUUAAUGCAAGGACAAUUUGAUGUUCUUUUGCCAAUUUCGAUUGUUUUCGUAUCAUAGGGAUAUGAUCGGUGGAUACAAAACAUGCGAUUGAGUAAAGGUACCCUGAAUCGAGUUACGGUCCUUGGUUUAGAGUAAUUUAAAACACGUGGUUCGUUUUUUGAAAGUUAUGGCAAAAAAAUCAAAGUUGCAUAUCAUUAAGAAGAGAGGUAUAAAGCAAUGAGAGGUUAUGGGCCAAUUUUAUUUCUGUUAAAGAACUGUAUUAAUUCUUAACAGAAUCGUCACCUACUUGUCAAAUCUACGCAUUUCGGAAGCCAUUGAAAAAGUAAGGGCAUAGUAGCUAGAAAAGUAAAUGAUAAUAUAACAUUUUAUGAAAUAAUAGUUUUAUUUAUUUAGCGUGUCUCAAAUUGUGCCAUUUAAUGCAGUUCGAAGCUAGAGUGUCUGUAAAUUUUAUUUAUAAACUUACUAAUUAUUUUAUAUUUGUAAGCGCGAACUAUUGGACAAUAGACCAAGAAUGAAAAUCACUCGACUCGCACAUGGAAAAGGUAGCACAUAUUCUUAAGUUUAAACAUAGACGCAUUUUACACCCCAUUUCUGUGUAAACAAAAUGUGGUUGAUUUGUUAGUAUCCUUUUUCAAGUGAUCUGUUACGAAACUGUGAAAUAAUAAAAAUCUGUGAUACUUUGUGUAUUUAGAAUAAAAAUAAAAAUGUGCAUUUUG